GCCACUUUUUAAAAAAUCCAGAAAUGUAACUAAUUAUUAAUAAGCUUACUUAUUUACCUAUCUUCUACAGUAUUAUGCUACAGUGAACACUACAAAUACACAUAUAAAGUGACAUCCAGCACCACCUCCCACCACCUCUGACCGGUGACCAUCGCCGGCCGGAGACCGUCGCCGGCCAUAGUGACAAUGACAUAGUGACACCGCCGCAGUGACGCCGCCGCAGUGACACCGCCGCAGUGACGCCACCGCAGUGAUGCUGCCAUAGUGACAUGCUGCCUACAGUCAAAGACACCUCCACGUACCAUGACCUGCCGCCGCCGCCGCCAGUCACUAUCUCAGUGACUCCGGCCAAAAGUGACAUCGGUCAAACUCCGGCCAAAGUGACAUUCCACCGGUCCGGUAACUGCCACCCUGUCCCUUCCCCCACCAGUCCCGUCCCCCACCCACCAGCCCUACGCACCAUCACACUCGUCGUUGACCAACUCUGCCCCCUCCACUCACCCAAUCACUGCCGCACAUCAACUCCGACCACCUUAACCACCCCCAGUCCAUCCCUCACAGCCCCACCUUUGACAGCCCAACUCAGAUCCGACCACCAACCAAAGAACCAUAGCCGCCGCCCUCCCAGAUCUGACCGUUUUCUGGUAGCCAUUUCAGAUUUGAUACCCAGAUUAAAGGAGGCGAGGCGAGAUGGCGAGGCGAGGCUAUGUGGCUUCCUGUGCGGCGAGAUAGGCUGGGGAAGCUCUUUGGCGGCGACUAUCGAUUUGCAGACGAGAAGAAGAGAGAAGAAGAAGAAGAAGAGUGGCGGCGAUGACGAUGAGAAGUGCAGCGGCGGAGUUGUUGACGGCAUCGUCGGUGUCUCAUGGCGUCGGCGGCUCUAUCUCACGGCAUCGGAAGGGCUCUAAUCUCCCAUCUGGAGCUUCUGGAACGAAGAUAUGAUGGUGAAGGCACUCUGGUCUGGAACGGGGAUAUGAUGGUGAAGGCCAGGCUGGAGCAUGUGCGGAGCAGUAAGUAAUGGGCCUUUUAUUUUUUAAUCGCUUUUUUGUCUUUUUAGUAAACACUCAUAUUUUUGUCCCCUUCAACUCCAGGAGUAAUACUUAGGCCAUUAUUUCAUAAUUAUUUCCGUACUGAUAAAAAAUUGUCUGUGCCAAAAACAAAAGAUUCCCUUAAACAAAUGGAAAAUUG